AAGGAAGACAUGCUGAGACCGAGUUGACAAAAUACAAAAAUGGGACAUAGCCCCAUGCCCAUAAAUAUGAUUUAAUUUAAUUUCAAACAAGUUGCAUUUCACAAAUAAUAAUCAUAAAGCUGCUGCGCUUUCUGUGAUUCUAUUGGACACGGUUUGUGAUGCUGAAGUUCUUCUUUUAAACCGCCAGGUGUCGCUAACGUGCCGAGAGCCGUUGUUUCACACCACAGAAGAAGUCCAGUGUCCUUCACAACAGCAAACAUGGCGACUGCCACCAAAAUCAUCCAGAGACUCCGAAAUUUGUUAUCAGGGCACAACUUGCAAGGCAAACUGCAGCUGAGAUAUGAGGAGAUUGCAAAGAGGACACAGCCAGCACCCAAGCUGCCAGUGGGCCCGAGCCACAAGUAUGCCAGCAACUACUACUACAGCAGAGAUGGACGCAGAGAGUCUGUACCUGCCACAGUCAUCAUGUCUUCUCAGAAAGCUCUCACAGCUGGCAGUCAAGUUGCUGAAGUCCCAAAGCUUCCAGUGACCCCGGGUCCCGUAUAUGAAGAGCUCCCACUCUCCACGGACCAGCCAUACCUCUGAGCAGCAGGAUUAACUCCGUCAACAACCUAAUCUCUCCAUCCGAACCUGCUGUGGAGGCCUGACCACUGCGUGUGUUGGUUGUACAAUAGAAAAUGUGAAUAAAAUGUUUAAGAUUUCA